AUGACCACACAGUCGAGUGCCAAUAUUCACGCGCUCCAUGGCCAAAUUGUUAACGGAAGACGCAUCGAAAUCACCGAAGACCCCAAAUUACAUCUGGUGUGGAGUCACGAUCGCAUGCUCAUCAAGCCUCUCCCUCGCUACCUCCUCUCGCACACCUUCUGGACUCUCUUCCUCUCCGACAAGGCUACCAAGCUGGGAAGCAGCACUACGACGGAGCGCAUCCGAAGGUCUGCGCUCGGCUUUAUGCGCACAUAUCGCUACCUGAUCAAGCACGAGUCGGAUUUCAGUAUUGCUACGAGGAACGAUGCACGCCUGCUGCCACCUGACAUCUCGUGGCCACAGUACUGCCACUUCAUAUCCGAGUUCGCAAAUGUGCUCGAUGCAGACGUGUGCUCCCGGUAUUGCUACGGCGAACUGCGACUGUCUCGGCUGAACUUCUAUGCCUGCCUGCUGUUCCAGAAGUUCUCGUUUCAGCGUACACACUGGGAGUACAGCGAUUACUUUGGGAGGUUCUUUGGCCCCGUCUUGUUCGCAUUCGCCAUCAUCACCACCGUGUUGAACGGGAUGCAAGUGGCGUUGGCUGUGGAACAAGUCCAGCCGACGAACUGGAAAGGCUUUGGGGAAACGUGCCGCUGGUUUGCGAUUGUGUCCAUCAUCAUCGUUGCCGUCGUUUUCAUGACAUUGUCGCUCGCCUGGUUGUGGGUCAUUGGCGACGAGUGGGUGUAUGCGCUCAAGGAUCGAUGGAGGAAGCGGGACACUCUCGCGAAGCGCACCCCUGGCACAUCGGCUACGGUUUAAUGGGCUGAUACCAAGUGCGAGAAAAGGCAUGGUGCAGCACAUAGUAUUACAUUGACCCUCCUCUACCCGGCAUCCUCCUCGCUUCCAUUGCGCAGAUCAGCUACAGUAUCGAGAAAUUGCGUCGAAAAACAAAAAAAGGCAAUGAGGCGUUCAAUAUACAUUGCCAUAAGCGCGCGUGCAGGAGGGCGGACAGCCACCAUUUCUAGCGUCGCAGGAUGAGGCACGUGCAGAUAUGUGAUGUCUAUAUGCGGAUCAGCCUCAGCUCAGCAUGAUCUACUGGAAUCUACCUUACUCUACCGUACUUCAUGGCUGGACGGACGGGCCUGCUCAUGUUCAACUGGUGAAAGCCGAUUGCGAGAAUAACACCUUCACUCUUCGUCUUCUCCUGCUUGCCUCCGAGC